GUGCUUUACUUGAUACAAAGUCUGGAUUGGCAGACUUACAUUGCACAGAACUGUGCUCUACCGCAUUUAGCAAAACGACACUCGCUAGCAAGCUAAAUAACUAGGUCGGAAGCCUUUUUUUUUACCUGAAGCAGAAGCUUCACUCUCUCGAUGGGUGCGACGGCUGUUUUGGAAAUAGCGGCGGAGAUGCCACCCGCCAAGAAGUCCUUGGCGAAGGAGAUAGCUUGCUCACUCAUGGUGCGAUCUUCUUGAUGUGCCUUUCAGAUAAUCAGUAUAAUUUGGUUUUCCCCGUUGCCCUUUACGGCUGAUGGCCUGCACCGACGAAAUGGCCGAUUGGUAAGCCGCGUUGCGGAUUUAUUUAGGCGAAAACUCGCGAUACAAGGCGAGAAAUGCGUUGACGUCACAUACACUAGUGAUUACGUAAGAUGACCGGGAAGCGAUGACGACAGCGAGUAGGUGCUCCAACUUCGACUGUAAAACGUAAUGAUUAAGUAUGUGGAGUACUUUUAUUCGACACGGUAGUUUGUUAGUUAAACUCAAACUUGCAAUGCAGUUGACUAUACUGUAUCGUCCUCUAUUACAUAUUAACUACACUCGCGUGACACAUUUGGUACACUAGAUUUCUAAUACAAGAAAAAGAGAGCUAAUAGGAGAAUUAAAAAUAAGAUUUUUUUUUAAAUACAAAAAAAACAACAAGAAUUCUGCCAAGUGCAGGUUUCGCCAAGAUCGACUGAAGAGCACAUCUUUCCAGAAAGCAUGUAGGUAGCAUGCCGGUGUCGGCCUCCUUAGACUGCCUGGUGGCAGAGCAGGGCUGUAUCCAGGAGCAGUCCUGCAUGGUCCCGUACCGCCUGCUGGAGUACUGUGCGGCAGAGGAGGCGGUUUCGCCCCUCGGCCCGGACGCCCGCACAGAGUGCCUGGAGGCUCAGAACUCCUUGCAGCACCAUCGCCCCCUUCAAGUGUGCAAAUGUCAGCGUGGCUCACGUAGGGAGGAACACUGCCUCAGGGUCUACUGGACGGUGAGGUUUGGAGCAUAUGAUGAGUAUGAAGUAUCUCCAUAUGAAGAACUGGAGUUGAAUCUGGUGCGAAAUAUUGAGAUGUCACACAUGGCCUCCAUCAUGGCAGCUUCCUCAGUGUCUGUGGAUGGACACAAUCAGUGUCUGAAGGCUGCCCAGGACUGCGGCCUUUAUGAAAAAUGCGGCUCCCUGCGCUCUGAGUACGUGGUGGCGUGCACCAAGCGAGCGGCCGCCUCCGACAACGGCUGCAACCGUCAGAAAUGCCACAGAGCCCUGCGGCGCUUCCUGGAGCGCGUCCCCGAGGAGUACAGCUUUGCGUUGUUAUUCUGUCCCUGCUCCGACACCCUAUGUGGAGAACGCCGCAGGAAAACCAUCGUCCCAUCUUGUUCCUACGAGGAGAAUGCCAAGGGGGAGGACCGAGUGGGCAAGCCCAACUGCCUCAGCCUGCAGAACUACUGCUCCAGAGACGAGCUGUGUCGAUCCCGCUUUGCCGACUUCCAGCACAACUGUCAGCCAGCUCCUCUGUCUGCUUCUGGCUGCAUGCGCGAGAGCAGAGCCAUGUGCCUCAAGGCCUACGCUGGACUCAUAGGCACCAUCAUGACUCCCAACUAUGUGAGCAACAGCAGCACAGAGGUGUCCCAGUGGUGCACGUGUGAUGGCAGCGGCAAUGAAUGGCAGGGCUGUCAGCGCAUCCUGCACAUGUUCAAAAACAACAUUUGUCUGCGUGCUGCCAUCAGCUCCAUGGGAAUCUCCGUGCCACCCCCUGCUGAGAGCACUGCCGUUCCAGCUCCCGAGCCGUCGCCGAGAGUCCACCAGGAGAUGGGCCAUGGCGUCAACACUCUCCCGGAAUUCACCAGGAUAGAGACCAGCGAGGAAGUGGCGCAGGAGGAGGUUAAGAGCGAAGAAUUCAACAUCAUCCCACCGUAUUUAGAGAAAGACUCCAACAUUGAGUCAAGGGCCACAGAGAGGCAGCGAGGAGCCGCCAGCAGAGCGGCGCCAUUGUUCCCACUAUUGCUGCUGUCUACACUCAUCCUGGACUUGGACUGUUGGAGCUACUAAAAAAAACCCUCCACCUUCUGCUCACGUUCUCUCAUUUCCACAUUCAAAUCCAUGGCAACCCUGCCAGGAAGAAAUGCAAAGGCUUUUGUUGAGAAGACUCCUUAAGAGUUAAAAGAUACCAUUCGUGCAGCAGUAUUAGUGUCUUAGAGCAGAUAGAGGAGUGCAUGACUGAACUGAGAAGUGCUGUUGGGGCAAGCAGUCCAUCCAGAGCUUGCUUCACACUCUAAAGUACAUCCUCUCUUUUUAACAAGAAGCACAUUGCCAAAGGCCACACUCACUGUACGUGAUCUCCCUCAAAAAAAAAAAAAAAAAGCUUCGGUCCAGUGCAACCAAGCCACAGUACGCCUUCUGAUUUCUUUUUCAUGACUCAUUCGUUACUCACUUGCCCCUUUGGCUUUCCCUCUCCUUCCGUCACCCUGUGCUCCACAAAGGUACUUCACCCAAUGAGUUAAUCACAGAUAGGAACUCUUAAAUCACAACUCCUCAAUCUACUCAACAUCGUUUCAAGAACGCAGGAUAGCGAUGUCUCACUCUGUCCAAUGAAAGACAUCAUCAUUGCUCUGUAAGUCCAGUGCUUUCUUAGUGGGAAUGGUUUUAGUUUUUGGUAGGGAUGCUCAAUAUUGGCUUUCUUACUGAUAUCCGAUAUAGUCCAGCACUUCAUUACCGAUAUGCAUUUCACAAAUAAACACUGUUACAAUAAGACAACGCUAUACCAAUACACAAUACUGCAUUGGUAGCAGGAUCACUAUAGCAACAACACAUCAUCAGUUAUUACCCAUUAGUGGGUGAACAAUCCAACGCUCCAUUGUAGCAAUAUUGUAGAAAAAGUGCCACAACUCUGCAGAGAUCCUUCCUGAGGUGUGAUAUUAGAUUACAAAUAUUGAAGGAAGACAUCUUGCUUCCCCCUCACAUAACCGGCGCUUUAUGUCAUCUUCCAUGAUAGGUUGGACUUUAGUUUUGGAUUUCCUUAGUUUUGUGCGCUGAUUUUGGUUUUCUCUUUCUCGUUUGGUGCGAUGUGCAGCUGCUUAGCUGUCGCUGCAAAGCGCGUGCAGCAGUGCCUGUUUCUCAUCAGGAGUCAGCGCUCCUACUUGGGCAGCGCCGCAUUACCCGCAAUGCAAAUUGUACAUUUGCCAUCCAAAGGCGGGACUUGGAAAUAAUUUCACAGCGCGGACAUACGGAGUUUGAUGAGGUCUCACUCGCACAACGAUAUCAUUAUCAGCAGAAAAAACGAUACCAAUAUGAUGCCAUAUAUCUCAUUUUUACGCCGAUAUUGCUAGUUUUGGGGUAGGUUUUGCUUUUGUGUGCUUUUACCUUUAACUUUUUUAGUCCUGGAAGAGGUACACCUUGGAUUCACCCCCAGAAAUUCAAAUCAAAUUGUUCCAGGCAGGUGUAAGACCUCAUUUUUCGAAUGAAUUUUCCCAUAAUGACGAAUAAAAAUGGAGAUGUAGGUGUCAAACAGAUCACAAAACCUUUAAACACUGUACAGGUCACAUGUUUGGUAACAUUUCAACACGGUUUAUCGUCACUGGGGCACUUCUAUCGUACCGUGCUUCAGCGCAGUCACCCCUCCCCUUGCUGGCCUGCAUUCAUACUGUGCUGCUCUCACCCAUGCUUCAGGACGUUUAUGCAAACAAUCCCUUCAUAAUACAACACUGCAUUACUGCCAGUGCCGUCCCUGGCCACAUUAGGCUCCGAGCAGACUUUCACUUGCACCCCCACCCCCCAAUUCAAAAUGACUGUAUGACCAAAUGGCAAAACAAGAGGAGAGUGACUGUGGGUGUUUACUUGUUGGUCAAUGUGGACAUUGGACUUUAACUGCCAAAGCUAAGUAAAAACACAGACGUAGUUUUUCAGCAUUUUCUCAUUUUAAAUUUUCAGGGUCCCUUGAACUUGCCCUAACUGGGAUUAUUCGUCUCUUUUUCUUCUCUCCCGCCUCGGGCUGGCUUGGUGCGCCACGCACGCCUCACGGCAGCGACACGCACGUUUUGCACAUUUGCAGACAAUGCGCCCCUUGCGCAAAAUGUGCCCCUCACCCGCACCCCGCCCAUGGAUUGUGGGGCCCUACGCACAGCGCCCGUUCUGCGUUUAGGGAGGGACGGCCCUGAUUACUGCAACUGUUUCGAGUGGUUGUUUGGUUUGUCACUCGGCUGCUUUUGUUCCCUUGACGCUUCACUGUUAAUAGCUUGGGAACAUACUUGUAUUUUCUCCAGCCCUGGAAAAGAUACAAACAGUUCCACCGGUGUCUAAUAAUUAGCCCUGUGGGGUACAUUAGAGUAGAUUAAGGGUCAGAAGCAGCCUCCCGCUGUCACCCUAUUUUUUACCGUGCUGAAGACAACACAUUAAGUGCUCCCUGCGAGCGUUGGAAAAUGAAAUCGAGAUCAGAGUCGGUACCACGCGGCGGCUUUAAUGCACAAGAGAUAUUACGUCUUUACAACCUUUGGCUCCUCUCGCAGUGAGCACCUCCAGUCACUUAGUAUUAUUCCGAGCGGGAUGAAUAAUGAGGGAGGGCAACGGCAAUGAGAUCAACCUCUGUGCUAGAAAUAAGGAGGGAAGAAAAGCGACUUAAAGCAAUUACAGCACAAUUCGAAUAAGUCAACACGCAGGGAAGAGUGUGGAGGAUGGCUCGGGGGAGGAAAUAGCCAAUUUACUGCCGUCAUAGAUUCUCAAUUUUUUUUUCUUUUUUGUAUCCUUAGGAAAUGUGUUUUAGUGGCGCUAAAAUCCCCAUGUAGUGCAGAUGUUGCCAGAUGAAGAUAUGGAGAUAGGUGCGGACACUGGAGGCUGGAAAGGCUGCUCCGCUCGUUGAGCAGCACAUUGAGCCAUUCUCUCUGCCUGGAAUAACUUUUGCUGAUGUUAAUGAUUUUUCUCCUAUGGCUCAUUUUCUUGGCAAAUGACACUGUCGCAGGCUUGUAGGUAAAGACGGGCGUAUCAUUUCUUUGUUCUGAUUAUUUUGAGCAAAACAAACUUGCUGAUGAGUUUGCAGCGUGGGAAAAAACAUAAAACGGCGGAGCCAUACAUGAUUAUUAUACUUGUAGUUCUAUUGGAGUGAUUUCACAGAGCACUUAAAUAGGUCGGACCUUUUCCAAAGAUGUAUCGUAAAAUACAGGUACAAAAAAGGAGUUGCUAGUUGCAAAUGUCACAGGAGCACCGCUAUACAUGAUCAUUUACUGUAAAUAUGGUAGUACCGUACGUAACCACUCGAAGAGGCAGACUUCUUUCCAUUGGCUUUCAAGGGUGACAUUGGCGGGGCCAUUUUGCAUUUAGACCAUUGCUUGGUUGCAAUUAUUAGGCUAAAGGGAGCUAAAAAUAUGUAAAAGUGAAAUAUAUAAACCGUAAGAAUAAAACAAGCACUUGCCAUUUCAGUGUUGUAGCAUUAAUGCUGCUAAUUUGCCAUCCUGUGUGCACUGGCCUUAAUGCCUUUUUAUGUAUCUUCACAUUUCAAAAUGUGUGUUUAUAUUUGUAAACUAUGUAAAAAAAAAAAAAACAUUCAGUAUAGCUUGCAUUUUUGAUGUGUUGAGUUUUAAGAAGAUCACCCACGUAUUCUUUUGAAAUUGUAUCUCGAAGAGCCUCCUGAGGAAUGAUGUACAGAAUGUGUUUCACGUGUUUAAAGAAAGAAACCAUAUCAUUCACAACAAAUAACGUGACCAUAAUGUGUUAAAAACAAGGGAAAAAUGUGUAAUUUUUGUGACAUAGCAAAAUCGUGUGCCACUUUGUUAAAAGACAAAUAAAAAGCCACAUUGGCAGUUUUCAUGUCCAAUAGCAAACAAUUGGACUGAAAAGGAAUUA